CCUGCUAUUUCUCGCCACCUGCGGAGACCCGAUAAAGUACGUACACGUAGAGAUGUAACGUGAUGUUAAAAUUAACGACAGCAGUUGUAUGACGAUUUCGAAAUGUGUCGUCGAGAUUUGCGGCACGGCGUAACCUAAUAUCUGAGCAAGCUGCAUCGGAGCAUGAUCGGCGUUUCAAACCGAAACGGCCGAAACCUCGACCGCACAAUACAACUGUUUCGCGCGAGCACCUGUCGGGAAAUGAUUACAGGCCAUUUAGACAUGGAUGGAAAAGAAUUAUUUCAGACAGCAGUCCUGCUACCAAAGAUCGUCUCCGUAACCACAUUGGCAGACAGCACUGAAACUUCAGGAGACGCAGUCAUCACAGACAAUGACCCAGGAAUCCGGGACGGUACCAUUGCAACCUCAGCGGUGCAGUGUCGCAAGGCCACUGGUGCAAAGAAAUUCUAUGAAUGCAACGUGUGUGGGCGGUAUUUCAAUCACAAGACAAGUGCCGAUCGCCACCGUGCCUUGCACACGGGCGAGAAGCCACACCGAUGCCCCGUGUGUGACCGGAGGUUUGCCCAAAAGUCCCAGCUAGUGAACCAUCUGCCCGUGCACACCGGCGAGAAGCGACACGCAUGCUCCACGUGCGGGGAGCGGUUCGUGUGGCGGAGGAGUCUCGUCGUGCACGAGCGUACCCACACGGGAGACCAGCCGCACCGGUGCAUCUACUGCUCGGUGACGUUCGCACGCAGUGAUACGCUUAAUAAUCACAUGCUGAGGCACACCGGGGAGAGACCGUACGAGUGUGAUGUGUGCGGCAAGCGGUUCACAGUCAAGCCGACGCUCGUCCGCCAUCGCCGCACCCACACAAGUGAGAUGCACUACACAUGCAAGCAGUGCCCGGCUGCAUUCCGCCUCAAGGCGUCUCUGAACAAACACCUACGGCUCCAUGAAUGUGGUGUGGACGUAUGCCACUGCCCCAUCUGCAAGAGGGCAUUUUCUCACUCCCGUAACCUUACGUUGCACAUGCGUCUUAUGCACAAUGGGGGGAAGCUUGGGGUGAUGGGCAAUGACUGUAAGGCGAUGCCUUCACUACCAAGUGGCCACUCCAGCACGUCGCCUCCUGUCAACAUAAAAACUGAGGACUGUGGAGUUCUGUCAAAUAUGGACGAAUUGAUUACUGGCGAUGUGUACUUGUGAUUAGUUGAUGCUGUUAGCUUCUAUUCCAGCACACUGCCUACUGCCAACGUAAAAGCAGGUGGCUGUGGAGACCUUUUGAUUAUGGACGACACAUACUCGUGAUUAGCUGGUGCUGUUAGUUUGUCUUUAUUUAUUGUGUAUAAGGUGGGCCAUAACUACGCUAUGUGAUGGAUCUCCAUGUGAAUACAAGCUAUUCAAAGCUUACUUGGCAGGUCCUUUCUGUUGUCUACAAUGAUUUAACAAUGUGGAAAAAAUUGAUGUUCAGUUUUGUGCAAGCUGGCAAAGGAAAAAAAAAAUCUAAUGGAACCGCAUCCAUACAGUUUGGCAUGCAUCUGACUUUAUAUAGAGGAUGAAUAACUUGCGUAAUCACUUCCAAGGUAAUUUUGAAAAAGAAUUAAUGUAGUGUGUAUGAUUACGCUCAAUGGAUUGAACGAGGAUAUAUUUGGAAAUAGCAGCGCUGGUGUUAGCAUGUUCUGGCAUGGUCCUUAAAGGAAUCCUUAAAGGGACAAACGUACCAAGUGGUUAGGGUAAGUACUUCAGAUCAAUAAGGGAUGCAUUUAAAAGCUCCGUUCAAAGCGUAUGAUUUAUUAUAAGGUUUAAAAAAUAUCUAUCGCUGCCAAUCGCAGCAGCACCGUUCCCCGUUUUCAGCUGCCCCCUCCCAAUUGACGUAGUUAUCCCAAUCGAUGUUAGUUUGGGGAGCUAUUCAAUUGACUACCCAAGUUCCAUGAUUGAUAAUUUUUCCAACUUUAUGGUGAACGAGUGUUGUUUGUAAUAGUUGGAAUGCUGGUUAAUUUGUUUCUAUAAAAAAAGUAACAAAGAAAAUACAACGACAAUUUAUCACUACACUCAAGCACUUCCGGUGCACAGCAAGUGUCAUCUGGUUGUGUUACAACUUUGUACGCGUUGACGCGAGCUGUGCGGUCAGUGUUGAUCUUUUUUGUGAGCACCAUGGAUCGGCCUUGUUACGUUGCGGGCUGCAAAUCUAGCGAUUGGCUACAUGGCAAGCUGCAGCGUCAUUUCCCUCUGCAAGGCAGCAUGUGAGCAGAGUGGCUACAAUGCAUCGGGCUGUCAGUAUUCAAUCAGCGCCAGCAUCUACGCGGUUGCGAUCGUCACUUCACACCGGAGGCUUACUGCCACAAUAUAAAGUUUUAGCAUCUCCGGUAUUCUGGUAAACGCAAGCGCAGGUGGAGUGGGCGUUUUGCUUGAUAAGUAGAGGCGCAGUCUAAACGGCCUGCACGGUGCAAACACCUGGUAGCACGGAGCUCAACCAGACAUACACAGAGCUAAUAUAGCAGUAAUCGAAGUGUAUUCUUCUUUGCUGCUGGUGUAAAUUUUUUGGAAGGAACGUAAUCAUGUACACGUCUUUUUAUAUGUUUAAAAUGUUUUACACUUGGUUACAGCAGUAUUAGCUAUGUGUUUGGCUGGUUAAGCUCUGCACAACCAGGUGGCUGGCACCGCUGCAGGAAGUUCACAUUUAUGCUAAAGCCGCUUCAUCACAACGGUAGUAGUAUGGAGGAGCUUUAGUUCACGCUUUCGCCCAUCCGUCAAAACGCCCAGUUUGCCUGCGGUUACCGGAAUACCAGACACACUCAGAACUGUGACAGAACACUCACAACGCAUGCUGCUUGGAUAACUCUUGCUGGGGAUUGACGGCUAGGCGGCUAGCAGAGAGGUCGGAGAGGCUUCGCACGCUGCCUCCAAGACAACUGGAAAUAAACGACACUGAUGUCACAUCAUGACGCAGAGCCUAGUCUCAAUCACUCGGUGAAGGAGUUGAGAAAAAGCAUGGCUACAGAGGAGGGUAAUUUGUAAUCGUCCGUAACUCUCUUAAUAUGAGAUGCUUCACUUAAAUUGUGGCGCAAGUGUUUUACUGUAGCUGUACCCUCUGCGUCUACAAAUUUUGUCCAAACCGUUUCAAGGACCCUUUAAGUAAAGCUCAAAGCAAGCUUUGUUUGCUUGCUUUUUCCUUCAAAGAUAGUGUUACAAUGGAAGAGCGAUAUCAGUGUCUAAAAAGUUCAGCACCGACACUGGUGCUCUUGUUAUCAUCUUUUGCUGUUGUGUCAUAUUACUAGAUCAGAAUGUCUGGACCAUGUUUAAUGUUCUCUAUUAGCAUAGUGGAGAGUAAACAGAGUAACUUCACUAAGACAAGAUAAAGGAAAUGCUAACACAAGUGAAUGCAGAUGGAAGGAUAGGAAGCUGCAAAAAGGAGGCUCGAUGUACUACAAUGAACUGCAUGAAGAGCGCUAUCUUGCGGCUAGUGGAAUAUGCUAACAGACUGCUUGCACUGACAUCCUCUUAGGCGUCAUGUUGGUGAACCACCACGGUGAGCAGCUUACGCUGUUGGUGUCACGUGCAAGCUAUCUCUAAACUAAAUAGAGCUUAGCUUUUUAGCUAUGGCAAUCGCCAAGCUGCAGCUUCACACAAUGUCACUGUGUUGCCAGCUGUGUUGCCCAUCUCGUGAUUUGCAGUAGUAUUCCUUUACACAUCUACGCUAGUCUGCUCUGCAAUGCUAAGGCAUUGCGCUGCCUCGUGGUGCAUUUUCACAGAAUGCACAGUAAGGGGUGAGGUAGUUCAACAUGCUAUGAUGGAAUUACAGGACAGCUCCAGGCAGCUUUCCAAGCAUUCCACAUUUGGUGCAAAAUACUGUUGGGAAUCUUCAAGGAGUGCAAAACGGCAACGGCAGUAACUCAUACCGAAAAGGCAUAUAUACCAUGUCUUCUUGGUUUCUAUUGCAAUCUUACUGUUGCCUAUCAAAGGCCAACUAUAACGAAAUUUCACAUUGGCUAAAUUUGUUACGCUUGAGUAGUAUAUACCACUACAGCAAUCUUGGCAAUGCUGCGAGCCUGGUAAUUGCAUUCUUUUUUUGUUAGCAGCCUUUGAGCACCACCUAAACAGAUCUUGCACGUGUUUGCCUUUGACCUUUUCAUGGAAUGUUUUUUGCCUGUUUGUAUUUUAUUUUCUGUAUCUGUAGUCAGAGUUUGUGUUAUAUGUCUCUGUAUUUACCUCUUACAUUUUCAUCUGCUCUCUCUUCUGCAAUGUACAAAUGUACCUUGAGAGCAUAAUAAAUGAAUAAA